AUGGCGGUUAGCACACAAGAUUCCAGCUCAUCUCCAUCAGCAUUUCAAUCAGACACACUGGGUGACACACAGAUUCCCAUGGCCAAGCUCAAGAUACAAAGCAACCAAAAAAUCCUCCUUGAACGAAACGAUUCCUGGGUUUCCCAAGCACAAGCCCAAUCCUUUGUAAAUGUUCCCCCCGAGGUUAUAGCACAAUUAAGACAACUCCACACGAGUCUCGAGCCAUCCAAAGCAAAAGAUAUCGAGGCCCGGCAAUCUUCAGCAGCUGAAGGGGCAGGCCAUCUGACCCAAGAUGGCUUACACCAGGACCGUCCACCCGGGAGACUCAGCGGGGAUAAUUGUUACGAGGAAGAAACAGUUGCCACUCAGCUAUCAUGGUCUUCCAGCCAAAUAACACCACCACGCAUUCAAAAGGCAACGACAUCAUUCUCGACAAGUCAACCCUUUGGUUCUCAAAUACCAGUCAGAUCCCCUGUCCGAUCGAUGACGGGAGAGACAGCUGCAACUCAAAUAUCAUGGUCUCCCAGCCCAACACCACCGCGCACUCAAAAGCCAACAACAUCAUGUGCGAUAAGUCAAGCCUCUCUUUCGCAGCUACCAGAAAAGCCCCCUCUUCAGCCGACUUUGGAUGCCUCAAACAUCCAAAAGCGGCCAACAUUCAAUGAGUUCCCGUCGAGCAGUCCAGGGGUCGAAGAUGAGCUGGAAGUUGUUGCUCCUGCGGCUUACACCAAAGAGGUUCUACCACUGAACAAAGUGCCUCCACUCGCGAGUGGCAUGGAUCCAACUCCACCUUCAGCACAGGUGCAAGUAUCCUCCACAAUUGAUCACAACAGCUCUGUAGGAGCUCAGCCAAUGCAGUCGAAACCGAACAAGCCGCGGCAGAAGGUCUACAAGGCGCUCAACAUAGAGAGCUCUCAAGAACUAGUCAAGCCCCGGUUGGCACAACCCACUGGGGCAACACCCUGGGGAUUGCGGGUUCCUGCUCAACCAGUGACUUCCCUUGACCUCUCAAUCAUCCCAAAUUCAUUGUAUAUUAUUCCCUCGACAAACAACGAACAACAUACGCAAAAUCCGGUAGAUUCUCAUCCGCCCCUUUCAUUUGUUCCCAUAAGGGAAACGCCACGCCGCAAGAGAACUAGCUUGGGUAUUGAGGAAUCCACGAAAUUGACAUCGCCCGAGUAUAGACCAUCAUCCCCAGUAACUCUCGUUACUCAGCCACAGACACCUUUCUACCUGUAUUCAGAAUCUUACCCCAGCUACACGGGGAGUCUGGACAGCUUUCUCGUCACCUGUGUCUACAUUCAUAACAGGAUCCAACGGAGACGCGAACUGGCCAGCUACCAAUAUGAUGACUUUAUCCGGGCGUGGUAUCAAGACUAUGUACCGUACUCCAAAAGCUGCGAGGCGCCCUUGGGUGCUGUUCCCUGGUACAUGGAAAAUCACGGCACUCUUGAGUUCUCCAAAAACAUUGUCACCAAAGAAAACCUGAAGGCGAUCCUUAAUUUUUAUCCUAUUGAGUUGGCGUCAGCGCACGAGAAGCUUAGAGCUGCACAACAGGCCACAGAACUUGCUCAAGAAACUGCGACAAGACUACAAGCCAAACUAGCUUGUUCCCCUCAUCCUCGAUCUCAACUGUCUCCCAUCCAAGCCAGCUCCGUGAUGCUUCCGGUCGUUGAGGUUGAUAACGGCUCGGAUAAGAUGGUUGGGGCACUGGAAAUGAGCUUGGCGUCCGCCAUGGAACAAGUCCAAUGUUGGAAGCCGCAGAAACUUCAAGAAGUGAUCCACCGAGAGGCUUCAGAAAGGGGCCUCAACAGCCAGUAA